UUCUCUUAUCAAACAUUAUUACAUUUGUCCCCAUUCCGUGUGUUCAGCUCAACACUGUUCUUUAGCGUUUCUUUCUAGUUCCUAUCUCUUCAACGCUUCUUUCUUCUUCUCCAUUCAGUAAAAAUCACUCAACACAACAACAACACUUUCUCCCAGCUCUGACCAGUGUCUCUCUUCCACAAUCAAAUCAUCCAAAUCCACAAUACACAAACCCCAUUUUCACACUUCAAUCAAUUCAAUCCACCUUCACACCCCAUAAUUUUCUUUUCUUUUUUCUUGAAUUCUGACACCAAAGUUUGAGUCUUUUUCACCUUCUUUCACUCUCUAGAGCUUCCUGAUUCAACUUUGAAUAACUUUUCUCAUCUGGGUACCCUUGUUGCAUGCGUUUUUUGGUCAAAGUUUGAAGCUUUUUUUUUAUGGGACUUUAAAGUCUAAAUGGGUUCUUUGGAAUCCGGGAUCCCAUUGAAGAAGGGGAGCUUGUUUGGUGGUUCUCAAUCCGGUAGAAAAGAGAAGCAGCACCCGUUUUCUCAGAGGUUCAGAUCGAGCUUCUCGAGGUUAAUCUUCAAGAAGCUAGAUUAUGUGCAAUGGAUUUGCACGGUGGUUGUGUUUCUCUGCUUGGUUGUUGUCUUUCAAAUGUUCCUGCCUGGUUCGGUUGUUGAAAACCAGGAGGACUCGUUGAGAGCUGUGGAGGUGCGUUCUGGGAACUUGUGGCAUAAUGGGGAUAUGGAGAAUUUUGUCUUGGACAUUGGGGAGGAGGCUGUUUUUCUGACUACGAUUUCGGAGAAUUUCAGGAGAGGUGGUGGUAGGGAUGUGAAUCUGUUCAACCACACGGCGAAACAUUUCGGAUACAGGAAGCCUCAGUUGGCACUGGUGUUUGGAGAACUAUUGGUUGAUUCCCAACAACUGUUGAUGGUAACAAUUGCAGCUGCUUUAUUAGAUAUUGGUUAUAAAAUUCAGGUCUUUUCACUUGUAGAUGGACCAGGGCGUAAUGUUUGGAAAAGUUUAAGGGUUCCCAUCAAUGUCACUCAAACUUGUUACAAACGAAACAACACUAUAGACUGGCUAAACUAUGAUGGUAUAAUUGUGAGCUCUCAUGAAGCCAGAGGUGCCUUUUCUUGUUUUUUGCAGGAACCUUUCAAGUCUGUACCUCUUAUAUGGGUCAUUCAUGAAAAAGCACUUGGUUAUCGUUCAAGACAAUAUUCUACCACUGGGCAAACUGAACUUUUGAAUGAUUGGAGAAGAGCUUUUGAUCGUUCAACAGUUGUUGUCUUCCCAAACUAUGCUUUGCCGAUGAUUUACUCCACAUUUGAUGCUGGAAAUUUUUGCGUCAUUCCUGGUUCCCCUGCUGAAGCAUUAGAAGCAGAUGCAUUUAUGGCCUUGCAUAAAGAUAAUUUGCGGAUCAGUAUGGGCUAUGGCCCGGAAGAUGUGAUCAUCGCAAUUGUGGGCAGUCCAUUUUUGUACAAGAGCAUGUGGUUGGGGCAUGCUAUUGUUUUGCGGGCUUUGUCACCACUUCUGGCUGACUUCUCUUUAAGCAAAGAUAAUUCUAGUGCACAACUACGGAUCAUUGUUCAUAGUGGGGAAUUAACAAAUAACUACAGUCUGGCUCUUGAGACCAUGGCACGUAGCUUGAAAUACCCAAAAGGCAUUAUAGAGCAUAUAGCAGGAGAUUUGAAUGCGGAUUCUGUUCUUGGCACUGCGGAUGUUGUGAUAUAUGGAUCCUUCCUUGAAGAGAAAUCUUUCCCAGAGAUUCUGGUUAAAGCCAUGUGCUUCGAGAAGCCAAUUAUUGCUCCUGAUAUUUCCAUGAUCAGAAAAUAUGUUGACGACAGGGUGAAUGGCUAUCUUUUCCCUAAGGAUAAUAUUAAAGUUCUUCGACAAAUAAUGUUAGAGGUGAUCUCAAAGGGGAAAAUAUCACCUCUGGCUCGUAACAUUGCCUCAGUAGGGAGAAGUACUGCAAAGAACCUUAUGGUUUCAGAAGCAAUUGAUGGAUAUGCAGCUUUACUUAGGAAUAUUCUCAGGCUUCCAUCAGAGGUUACUCCUCCUAAGGCUGUUUCAGAAAUAUCCCCCGGUGUUAAAGGGCAAUGGCAGUGGCAUUUGUUUGAAGCAGUUCCAAGUUUGACAUAUCAAAAUAGGACAUUUAGAAGUAACGCGUUUUUAGAUGAAUAUGAAAAUCGGUGGAAUCAUUCUCAAAAAAACAGAUCCACUACUAUGGUUUCUGCUAAUGAUUCAUUUGUGUAUAGCAUAUGGGAAGAAGAAAGGAACAUUCAGAUGGCUAUUGCUAAAAAAAGGAGAGAGGAUGAAGAGUUGAAGGAUAGAACAGAGCAGUCACAUGGAACCUGGGAAGAAGUAUAUCGAAAUGCUAAGAAAGCUGAUAGGUUGAAGAACGAUUUGCAUGAAAGGGAUGAAGGUGAGCUUGAGCGGAGUGGACAACCACUAUGCAUUUAUGAACCGUACAUUGGGGAAGGAUCUUGGCCUUUUCUUCAUCAUAAGCCGCUUUAUCGUGGAGUUUCCCUAUCCAGUAAAGGUCGAAGGCCAGGGAGAGAUGAUUUCGAUGCACCUUCUCGUCUUCCACUGCUUAACAGUGCUUACUAUCGGGACAUACUUGGUGAAUAUGGAGCUUUCUUUGCCAUCGCGAACAGGGUUGAUCGUUUACACAAAAAUGCUUGGAUUGGAUUUCAGUCUUGGAGAGCAACAGCACAAAAGGCGUCUUUGUCCAGAACUGCUGAAAAUGCAUUAUUAGAUGCCAUCCAAACCAAAAGGCAUGGAGAUGCACUAUAUUUCUGGGUGCGCAUGGAUAUGGAUCAGCGAAACCCUUCGCAGAUGAACUUUUGGUCAUUUUGCGAUGCCAUAAACGCAGGAGGUUGCCAGUUUGCUUUCUCCGAAGCGAUGAAGAAAAUGUAUGGAUUGAAAAAUGAUACGGUUUCUUUUCCGCCCAUGCCUAUAGAUGGAGACACUUGGUCUGUCAUGCUGAGCUGGGCUCUUCCUACAAGAUCUUUCUUAGAGUUUGUGAUGUUUUCCAGAAUGUUUGUAGAUGCAUUGGAUGCGCAGAUGUACAAUGAACACCAUUCAACUGGACGGUGCCCUUUGAGUUUGUCAACGGAUAAGCAUUGCUAUUCGCGGGUUCUCGAGCUUCUUGUAAAUGUAUGGGUGUACCACAGCGCAAGGAGAAUGGUGUUUGUGAACCCGGAAACCGGUCUAAUGCAGGAACAACACAAGUUCAAGAGCCGUAGAGGUCAAAUGUGGAUCCAAUGGUUCUCAUACAACACACUUAAGAGCAUGGAUGAGGACUUGGCAGAGCUAUCAGAUUCAGAAGAUCCUAACAGGCAUUGGUUGUGGCCAUCAACCGGUGAAGUCUUCUGGCAAGGUUUGUAUGAGAGGGAAAGAAAUUUAAGGCAGAAGGAAAAGGAGAAAAGGAAGCAAAAGAGUAUGGAAAAACUAAAUAGAAUGAGGAAACGUCAUCGCCAGCAAGUUAUAGGGAAAUAUGUUAAGCCCCCUCCAGAAGAGGAAAGCUCUAACUCAUCUUCACUUGCAGUAAAUGCAUCAUGACGAAUUUAGAGCAUCAUGAUAUUAAUUCUUUUCUUCUUUUGUAAUUUUUAUAUAUUGUCUUUAACAUAAUCGUAGUUUCAUUCAGAAAGGACGUGCAUGUAGAAUCUGCAUUAUUCGAGUCAUUGAUGCUCGAUAAAUAGCUAAUAUGUAAAGUAUCUAUAAUUUUGAGCUUUUUUUCUUUUCCAAUUUGUAACAUUAUUCUUUUGGGAUAGUAGAUUCUUUUAGAGGAAGAUGUGGGGAGUUGUAAUCUUGAUAGCAGUUGUCAAUCUGAAUGAAACUAUGUCAUUGCAAUGUAUUC